GAGCCAGCAGUCAGGUGACAGAGGACGAUGUGCAGGAGCUCCUCUCACUGGCCUCCACCUGCAGGAUGUGACGACAUCCAUUCACCCCCAAUGUGUGUGUGGAUGCACGCAGCGUCAUGGCCGUUUGCGUCGUAUUACCUCAAAUGUCCGUCCUCUGGCUUACCUUGCUCACGUGCGGUCUUCAGGUGCAGGGCCAAGGCGACGUAUUUGUGCGAGCGCCGGCCGCAAGCGACAUCUUCCUGCGCUCCAAACGAGCCAACAUGUUCUUAUUGGAGGAGAUCCUGCAAGGCAACCUGGAGCGGGAGUGUUAUGAGGAAAGGUGCACGUACGAGGAGGCCUUGGAGUACUUUGAAGACAACGCCAAGACGCUCGCCUUCUGGACCGUUUACUUUGACGGGGACCAGUGUGUGCCCAACCCCUGUCUUCACGGGGGGAAUUGCACCGACAAGGUAGGUGGCUUCAACUGUUCCUGCAGACCCCCCCACUAUGGAGCGUUCUGCCAACUGGGGGCCUCGGCCGAGAUGAACAGCCCAGAAGAUGACGCGGAGGUGCAGAAGAGACCACGGCUGGCCGCAGGGAUGAUGCCGUGUCCCACCGGGGGCCCCAACAUGUGUCACCAGCUGUGUACGGUGACCCCGUACAGGUUCAGCUGCUCCUGCGUGGAGGGCUUCAGACUGCAGAGCGACGAGCAGACCUGCCUGCCUGAAGUGGAGUUUCCGUGUGGGCGACUCCCUGGCCCCCCCACCUCAGCACCAAUGUGUCACCAUGGAAACUGUCCCUGGCAGGCGGUGCUGCUGGACAGUGGAGGAGAAGAACUUUGUGCCGGCGUGCUCUUGGGUCGGCGCUCCGUCCUCAUUUCUGCCCAAUGCCUCCUGCAGGAAUCUGACCCCCAACCCUCUAACUUCUUAGUUGUCACGGGUAACAGGGGCACCGUGAUGUCAGUCAAAGCGUUUUACAUCCACAAACGGUACCUUGAGAACCAGCCUGACUACAACCUGGCCUUCCUGGAGCUGACCCACCCCCUGUCCUUGGGCACCUCCCAGCUCCACCUGUGUCUGCCCACCAAAGAUUUCAGCGAAAACAUCCUCAUGAAUUCCGGGAGAGUUGGAGUCGCAGCAAUCAUGAACCAGGACUUGGACCAGAACCUGGUCUACAUGAGUUUGGACGAGUGUCGCCGUCAGCUGAACGUCUCUCUUCCACUCAACAAUAAAAUGUUCUGCAUGAGGAGUCGGAGUGAACAAAGGAGGAGGUAUCAUCAGAACCAAAGCCAGAGAACGCAGAGUGAAGGUGGUCUAGCCCUCAAGUCCAGAGACCGCCCAUGUGGGGGUGUGUUGUCUGGUAUGCCGGUGGCGACCAUGGAGCGGGGCACGGCCUUUCUGACAGGACUGCUCAUGUUGCCACCUCAAGGCUGUCCUCCUAACGGGCUGGCCUUCACCAGGGUGUCUCGGCACCUGGUCUGGAUCAGGUCACAAUUGGAGGCCAUUGAGGACCACAUGACCACAGAAGCCCCCAAAAUGAAAAAGACUAACUAAACAAACUUUGUCCAAUUUCUGAUUAUAAAGAUGUUGAAAAGAUGGUCAAAUAAAGAGGAUCUAAGAUUA